AUAAGCAAAUGAAUUUUAAACAAUUUUUGACUCGUCGCAAGCGCGCUGAUGAUAGAAGUUCGGGUUGUUUUGGGAAUGAAAAUAGUGGAGAUGGAUUUUGCCAGGGAAAAUAUAAUUGUUUAAUAGCCUGGAUUAUAAUUACGCUUGGCAUAAUUGCGACAAUCGUGGUUUUAAUUUUGAAGUGGUGGAAAGCACAUCAUUGAAUCUGAGAAGGGAAAUAUGAACAAACAUUUAAUCUAAUUUAAAAGCUUAUCAAAAUUAAACUGAAAUUGUUAUUUAUACAAGGGAUUGGAUUUUUACGUUAUAACCUAUUCUUCUGUUGGGUAUUUUCUUCCUUUUAGUAUACAAUUUAUCAUUCAGUCCUUGUCUCAGUCAGUUUGCUUUAUUACUCUUUUUUAUUCUAUUUUGUCUUCAA